AUGAAGCGGAUUGGUGACAAAUGUUAUUGCAAAGAUAAACUAUUAUCACCGGUAACAAAAUAUACAGAGCUGGACCCUGCGCUAUGCACCGAAUUGCGAAAAAUUGCAGACGCAAUCCUCGUUCCUGGAAAAGGGUUAAUGGCUUGUGAUGAAUCUCCGACAAGCUUAGACGAACGAUUCGAUGAGCUCGGUAUCGGAAAUACAGAAUCUCAAAGAAGAGAUUAUCGGCAAAUGUUGUUUACCGCUGAUCAGUCUCAGCUAACAAGAUACAUAAGCGGCGUUGUUCUACAUCCCGAGACAGUUUACCAAAAAACAACGGAUGGCCUGAAUUUCGUUGAACUGUUGCGACAAAGGAACAUUCUAUCUGGCGUCAAAGUCGAUAAAGGGUUGAUCGACCUCUUCGGUGCAAAGAAUGAAAAAAUCACCGAAGGUCUAGACAGCUUGCAAGAGAGAUGCAUACAAUACAAACGAGACGGUUGUCACUUCGCGAAAUGGAGGUGCACGUACACGAUCUCGGAGACGACGCCAAGUCAGUUGGCUAUGAUUACCAAUGCGAAUGUUCUCGCAAGAUUUUCCAGUAUAUGUCAGAGUGUUCGAUUAGUACCCAUUAUAGAACCGGAAAUAUUAAAUGAUGGUGACUACGGAAUAAAUAAAACGUUAGAAGUACACGAAGAAGUUAUGUCUAUUUUAUUUCGUACUCUAAAUGAGCAUCAUGUAUAUCUUGAAGGCGCAAUCUUAAAACCAGCGAUGAUUUUAUCGGGAAUCAAGAAUGCUGCCAAUUGCACGUCACAAAACGCCCCUAUGAAGAUUUGGGGAGGGCAAUCAGAGAACGUAGAGAGAGCUCAACUAGCCUUAAUCGAAAGAGCAAGACUUUGCUCCGAAGCAUCUUUAGGAACAUUACAAUUGAAUGGCAUGUGCACGAGAAAGAGUUCUAAACCCACAGUGACGUAAAGGCUCCUUCCAAAUGACUAUUAACAACGCGGAUUACAUUUGACGCAAUGGUUUGCUGUUGAGCCUUUCGGGAACUAUUCAUAAGAAAUGAAGUAAAUCGCUAAGGGAAUACCACGAUAAUUUUCGUAGGCCCAUCUUAUCAAUGAACGCGACUGAUUAAAAACGUACACACCUUUCGUCAUAUGACGAGUAUAUCAACCUUAACAGUGAAAAGUACCGUCACUCUUUUCGGCGAAUGUCGUGCAAGGUGUCCUUGACUGACCUCUAAAACAGAGGUUCUCAGUGUGACGCAUACUCUUCCGCUACGUGCGAGAUGGGACGCACACGAUGAGACAUCUGCUUCACUACUGGAUCGUUAUAUUGUCCGACGUCAAUUCUGUGGAUCCCUACCGACUAUGUACUCUUGUCUUUCUCGCUUUCAUGGAUCCUACCAUUGACACGUGCACCUCGAAGUGCCGUAACAAUUUAUUCUCUGAUUACCAAUUUAAACAAGACGCCAACAGUACAAUUAUCAUAAUUUCUUUUACAGGUUGUCUCCUUUUUAUAAUUUUAUUUAUCACUUUUAUUAAAUAUAUAAACCGACUCGUGUGUUAAACGAAUGUUAUAACUAAACGUCUUUACUUUAAAAUUCAAUUAUUCUGAAUAUUAAUUCAGUUCAAUUAUAAUGUUACAAUUAUGGUACAAACUUAUAAAAAAUAAGUUCAACUGACCAGAUUCAU